GAAAUGGCGAAAAGCUAACUCACUUUUUGGCUCGGCCCCCUCUGCUUCGCUCUUCUUUUCCCCAUUCCCCCACUCCUGCUGAUGCCCUCGCGGCAGCCCCCGCCGCCCGAUGCCUCCCCGCCUCCGGCCGCUGCCGCCGCCGCUGCCGUCGUCGCGGAACACCGAUCUCACGGGCGCCACCAACCCCCGGCCUUCGCGCUGGCCCCGGCCGCUGCCUCGGCGGCGGCGGCGCUGAUCUUAGCGGCCUUGGCUCUUUUCGUGUGGCUGCGGCGGGGGAGGAAGCGCGCCGCGGCGUCGGCGGGAGCGAGGACGCAGCCCGCGACCGCGCUGAGGAGGCUGUCUUACCAGCAGCUGCGGCGCGCGACCGGCAGCUUUGCGGCGGGAAGCAAGCUGGGGCAGGGCGGAUUCGGCCCCGUCUUCCGCGGCGCGCUGCCCAAGUCGGGGCAGCCGGUGGCCGUCAAGGUCAUGAACGCCGCGGGAUCCCUCCAGGGCGAGCGCGAGUUCCACAACGAGCUUUCCCUCGCCUCCCACCUCAUCGGCUGCGGCCACGGCUCGACGCCCUCCAUCCUCCUGCCCUUCGCCUACUCGCUAUCCGCGCAUCCGUGCCGUCGCCGGAUGAUGCUCGUGUACGAGCUCAUGCCUAACGGGUCCCUGCAGGACGCGCUGCUAGGCAAGAGGUGCCCCCAGCUGGUAUCCCAGUGGCCUCGUCGGCUCGCCGUCGCCCGUGACGUCGCAGCCGCUCUCCAUUACCUCCAUUUGGUUGUGCAUCCGCCAGUGAUCCAUGGAGACGUCAAGCCCAGCAAUGUGUUGCUGGAUGGUGACCUCCGUGCUCGCCUCUCAGAUUUCGGCCUUGCACGGAUAAAGUCUGAAGAAGAAGAAGAAGAAGAGUUGGAGAGUGGUGUGCUCGGGAACAUCGGGUUCGGUAAUGAAAAUCCAAGCGGUGGGUGCAAUGAUGAUGUAUCAGUGGCUGGCGAGAGCACACCAGCCAUUGUAAUGAAUGGAGAAGACAAUGCCACCAAGUCGCCGGAGGAUGAUGACGGGUUCACCGCAGCCUCUCAUGCAGAGGUGGCAUCAACCUCCGGGUGCGAUAAGACUAGUGUUGGUAGUGGAUUCAAUGGCCGAAGCUGCAACAGUGGAGGUGCUGCAGCAUCAGGAGCUAGGAGUGACUGGUGGUGGCGUCAAGAUAAUGGCGGCGGCGGCGGCGUUAAGGACUAUGUGAUGGAAUGGAUUAGGUCGGAGAUCAAGAAGGAGAGGCCGAAGAGCGAUUGGAUUGCAGGAGCGUCUAUGACCACCCCGGCUACCUCAGCAGAGAAGAAGAGGCCAAAGCGUAGGGCACGUGAGUGGUGGCGUGAGGAGUAUGCCGAGGAGCUCACCAAGAAACAAAAACGGCGGGCACUUGCUAAGUCAAAGAGUGAUGCGGGUGCGAUGGCUGGCAUGCAGUGGUGGGAGAGGGAUUGUGAUUUAGAGGAGAAAAGAAAUUCAAGGUGGAGGAUGAUGAAAAGCUGGAGCCGGCGGAGCAGCAAUGGCAAUGGCAAUAGCAGCAUUGAUUGGUGGGUUGAUGGGAUAGGAAGGAGUGGCAAGGAUUGGGCUAGCGCAGAAUUCGUGCCCAAGAGUGGUGGAGCAGUGAGCAGCACGCCGAGCAUGCGGGGCACAGUCUGCUAUGUGGCACCUGAGUACGGUGGCGGUGGGCCUCUAUCAGAGAAAUGUGACAUUUACAGCUUUGGUGUUUUGUUGUUAGUCCUUAUCUCUGGACGCCGCCCGCUCCAAGUGACUGCUUCACCCAUGUCAGAGUUUGAGAAAGCGAGCCUGAUUUCAUGGGCAAGGCAUCUUGCCCACGUUGGCCGCUUGCUUGAUCUUGUAGACUCUGCGCUCCUGGAUGUUAACGGUGACCAGGUGCUGCUAUGCAUUACUGUUGCACUCUUGUGUAUCCAGAGGUCACCAAGUCGUCGCCCGUCAAGCGAGGAGGUGCUUGAAAUGCUCUCUGGUGAGGGUAAACCACCAGAUCUCCCAAUAGAAUUCUCGCCAUCGCCUCCUGGUGGGCUCCCUUCGAGGUCCCGAAAGAAAGGCCGGUGAGUUUAGUUUGUUGGUUAGAUGAAAGAGGUGGCCUUAGUAUUAUUAUGCUUGUUUAUUCUUUGCACCACCCUGAUUUACCUAUUUAAUUGAUUGAAAUCUUGAUAUGAAAAGUGGCAGUUCCAAUUCAACUUUGAUAAAAACAACAUUAGUCAUAACCGUAAAAUUCCUCCACAUCAAUUCCCAAUCUAACCAUUUAAUGAAUUGAUUGACAAUUUCUAUUCAAGUUUCAGAAGAACUGACUAUCCAUAGUUUGGAGCGAUAGGAUUAUGGGAAUAUAAUGCAUGACACUAGCAAGACUACUGAAUAUUGUUGGGAAGUUCUCUCUUUGUGCUGGUUGAUUGGGAAGCAUCUUGCCUUUUGGACAUGCUUUUGGUGUAUUGUUCUGCCUGGGGGAGCUGUGUGCUUUCUUCUGAUGUUUGAUGACCGUUUCCUCCUAAACAGGCGUGCCCCACUUGUGUGAUGGCUUCAAGCUUUCCAUGUUCACAGAUCCCUUUCAUUUCUUUUUGUACUGAGAUGGCAUCACUUUUCUCGAGCUAGUAUAUUCUACGUAGUUGCUGGCCUGCUGCAAUUAGUUUAGAAUAUAAGACACAUGCAGGCCACUGUGCUAUCUCAAAAGGCAUUUCCACAAAUCGCCAAUGUGUGGCAGUAGUUUACGUCUUAAGGUAUAUGCGCUUGUCUGAACCUGAUAAUUUCCGAGUUGGUCUGCACUUCCAGGAACACUUAUAUGCCGUGUACAUGCAAAUAAUCUUUUUGUUUGAAUUCUAGGAGUUUGAUGUCAAGGCAAUAUGUAAAUUCAACUUGAUGGUUUAUCUUAUCCUUUUUGCACU